UUCGUAGCUGUAACAUUAUUGCAAUGAAAGCGGUGCCUUAAAUAUUAACACAAAAAUAGAUAUUAUGCAUUUAAAUCUUGCAACACGUGACAUGCGUACAACAUGAAUUAUAUAUACGUACAUUAUUAUAUAUAUAUACAUAUUAUGUAAUAUUAUGUAAUUGUUAUGUUAAUCAGAGUUGACGAUCUAAUAUAUAAUAAGUGCUAUUUUUAUAACAAGUAAAUAAUAAAUAUAAUUUAUAUAAUAAACUGUACUUUAAAUCAAUUAGAAGUCAGCAGUCCUUGACCAAAUAAUUUCUAUAGUAGCUCAUUUGUCAUACAUUUUUUUGUUUUCUUUCCUAGAGUAAAUGCAAUUCAUUUCUAUUUCGUUUAACUAACACGCAAACAGCAAUUUUGAAUUAACAAAGCUUUUUGGCUUGCUCGAAUUACCUCAUGCUUUACGCAAUGCUUGUUUAAAUACAGGUGUAUGUAUUAUUUUCAUUAAUAUUAAUACUAAAGACAUUCUAACAGUAUGUGAAUAAUGCAAAAAUAACAAAUCGUAUUUGAUGAGAAUGGAAAAGCAAAAAUUAAUUCGACGAGGAUGGGAUUCGAACCCACGCGUGCAGAGCACAUUGGAUUAGCAGUCCAACGCCUUAACCUCUCGGCCACCUCGUCAGUUCAAACAUACUGAAAAAAUGUUCUUCCAACAGGGGUGAGUUUCACCCUUUCGAAAAUCUUGAGCUUUGUUUAACAAUAGUAACUGUUACUGUAUGCAUCUCAAGAAUCAUCGAUAAUCUUCAAAACCUCAAGAUCAUUUCUAACCAUUAAAAAAAAAAAAAAAAAAAACAUUACACGUUGUUUCAUAAAAAUUAAUAUAUUAAUUUUUAAAUAAAUACGUCAUUGUUUAAGAAGAAACUUCCAAAGAACAUAAUUAUUACAUUAGAAUUUGUAUGAAAAACGAUUAUGUAUGGGAUGGAAUGCUGGGAAGAACUCGUAAGAGACACCUUGUAUUUUGUUACAAUUCUUGUUUCAUAGCAACAGAAACAAAAUGUGCUUGUAACAAAACGUGCAGUUCAUUCAGUUUUGAAUUCAGGCAUCCAUCCUGUCAAGAUUCGCCUCUCUCCUUACUUUCACCGAGUCAUCUACAAUUCGCCAAAAUGCGUGAAGUACUGUCGGUUCACAUUGGCCAAGGGGGCGUUCAAAUGGGCAACGCCUGUUGGGAGCUGUAUUGCUUAGAGCACGGCAUACAACCCGAUGGCAUGCUUCCGCCCCAGAGUUGCUCCAGCGACGAAGGCUUUCAAACAUUCUUCAGCGAAACUGGCGGCGGAAAAUACGUCCCGCGGGCUGUAUUUCUGGACCUUGAGCCAACGGUCAUCGACGAAGUUCGAACGGGAACCUAUCAUCAAUUAUUCCACCCGGAGCAACUGAUCUCCGGCAAAGAGGACGCGGCGAACAACUACGCUCGGGGUCACUACACCCUCGGCAAGGAGAUAAUCGAUCUGGUCCUCGACAGAAUUCGCAAGAUCGCCGACAUGUGCACCGCUCUCCAAGGUUUCCUGAUAUUCCACGCGUUCGGCGGUGGCACCGGUUCCGGAUUCACCAGCCUGCUAAUGGAGCAGCUCUCCGUAGACUACGGCAAGAAGGCCAAGCUCGAGUUCGCCAUUUAUCCCUCGCCGCAAAUCUCCACCGCGGUGGUUGAACCUUACAACGCAAUCUUAACCACGCACACGACGUUGGAGCACUCGGACUGCGCGUUCCUCGUCGACAACGAGGCGAUCUACGACAUCUGCAGGCGAAAUUUAGACAUAGAAAGGCCGACGUACACGAACCUGAACAGAUUAAUCGGGCAGAUAGUGUCGUCGAUCACGGCCUCGUUGAGAUUCGAUGGGGCGUUGAACGUGGAUUUAACGGAGUUCCAAACGAAUCUGGUCCCGUACCCGAGGAUUCAUUUCCCUUUAGUCACGUACGCGCCGAUCGUCUCGAUUGAGAAAGCUUACCACGAACAAUUGACGGUGAUGGAGCUGACGUCCUCGUGCUUCGAACCGGCCAUGCAAAUGGUCAAAUGCAAUCCACAGAUGGGGAAAUACAUGGCGUGCUGCCUGUUGUACAGAGGGGACGUGGUCCCGAAAGACGUGAACGCCUCUAUCGCGACCAUCAAGACGAAGAGGGCGAUACAGUUUGUUGACUGGUGCCCUACUGGCUUUAAGGUAGGAAUUAAUUAUCAACCGCCAACAGUGGUGCCUGGUGGGGAUCUUGCCAAAGUGCAACGCGCUAUGGCAAUGCUUGCAAAUACCACAGCAAUCGCUGAAGCAUACACGAGAUUAAAUAGGAAAUUCGAUCUGAUGUUCGGGAAACACGCAUUUAUUCAUUGGUACGUGAAUGAAAACAUGGAGGUGAGCGAGUUUAACGAAGCCAGAGAAGAUCUCGCUGCUUUGGAGAAAGAUUACGAAGAAGUCGGCAUGGACUCGACAGACGCUGGCGAGGGUGAAGAUGAAAAUUAAACGGGCGUCAUAUUUCUGACGCGAGAUUCGUCUUUUUUCAUCCAGAAAUAUUUUACGAGAACGAUUUUUGUACAAACUAUACACUAUGUUUUUGUUGAUUUUGUUUCUAGUGGUUCUGUACAUUGUUUUAAUAGAUAGUUUUACUUUUAAUGUACGUAUACACAAUUUGUAAACUUUUAUUUUGUGAAU